GCCAGGAGGGCGAGUUUGGAGGCAGGAAGAGGCGGAGGUGACCGGUGCAAUGGGGUCGGCAAACGAGUAUCAACCGCUGCUGCUGGGACUGGACUCGCACUCUAGGAUCCCUGAUUUGUCGUCUGAUGAAAUCGAGGAGUUCUUGGAGCAUAAGCCGGUAGCAUUAAGGUGGUGGCCAAGGCUGGUAGCGUGGGAGUCGAGGCUUCUCUGGCUGCUAUCAGGAGCCUCCAUUGUUGUUUCAAUUUUCAAUUACAUGCUCACUUUUGUCACUCUCAUGUUCACCGGCCACUUGGGUGCACUAGAGCUUGCUGGUGCUUCUAUUGCUAGCGUGGGAAUUCAAGGUCUCGCUUAUGGAAUUAUGUUGGGUUUGGCGAGUGCAGUUCAGACAGUAUGUGGACAGGCAUAUGGGGCCAAGAGGUACGCAGCAAUGGGGAAUAAUUUGCUCGGGGCUGCUCUAACUCUUAGUUUGUCUUGGUGGAUUCUUGCUGUCAAUGCCCUCUAUAUUUUUCUCAGCCCUUCUUGUGCCCGCACUUGGACCGGCUUCUCUUCCUCUGCUUUUACAGGAAUCUGGCCUUACUUCAAGCUUACUCUGGCUUCUGCUGUUAUGCUUUGCUUGGAGAUAUGGUACAAUCAAGGAUUGGUGCUCAUAUCAGGCCUUCUAUCUAAUCCUACUAUAUCUUUGGACUCCAUUUCCAUAUGCAUGAAUUACUUGAACUGGGACAUGCAAUUUAUGUUGGGUCUAGCAGCAGCAGCCAGCAUUCGAGUAAGCAACGAGCUCGGAGCAGCUCAUCCAAAGGUGGCGAAAUUCUCAGUGUUGGUAGUAAACGGAAGCAGCAUCUUGAUUAGCAUUAUCUUCAGCGCCAUUGUUUUGAUAUUCCGUGUGGGAUUGAGCAAAGCCUUCACCACCGAUUCGCUGGUUAUAAAAGCUGUUUCCAAUUUGACUCCAUUGCUUGCCAUCUCUGUUUUCCUCAACGGCAUUCAGCCAAUUCUCUCAGGCGUAGCCAUUGGUAGUGGAUGGCAAGCGGUGGUAGCAUAUGUCAACAUAGCUAGUUACUAUAUCAUUGGACUCCCUAUUGGCUGCCUUCUUGGCUUCAAAACCAGUUUGGGAGUUGCAGGUAUUUGGUGGGGGAUGAUUAUCGGAGUCCUGCUGCAAACGGCAACGCUUAUUAUACUAACUGCCAGGACAAAUUGGAAUGAAGAGGUUCAAAAAGCCGCCAAGCGAUUGAAAAGUUCUGCAAACCAGGAGAACCUGGAUCCAGUGACCGGCAUAUAAAGCCUAGAACUGACAGUUCAAAGAUUCUGCAUAACAAGUAGUCACUAUUUCACGUUGAUCAUUCAUUUUCUUUUCUCUCUAGUCGAAGAGGUAGUCCUGUCUUGGCUUAGCCUCCUAGGUUUCUCUGUAUACGAGUCAACUGGGAUAUUAAGAAUCAAA